UCAUGGUGAUACAAAAUUUUAAUUCGUCCGUGUUUGUUCGUAUUUUUUUGUUCCCGAUAUGUGUUGCAAAUAGAUUGCUGAUGUUCAAUACGGGAAGAAUUGAGAGUGCUGCAAAACAAAAAAAAAUCCUGAUUCUGUGGAGAAAAUAUCACUGAGAUUGAAUUUUGAGUGAUGAAAUAGUGGUGACUUGCUGUUCAAAACACUAUUGAAAUAAUUCGAUACACUGUCCGUCUGGUUCGUAAAUGCCAAUUAAGGGCUAUUGAAAUGCAAUGUAAUAGAAUACAAAAUGAUGAAAAAUAUGUUCUAUCACAACUCGACCAUCUGUACGGGGAAAAUAAUGUGGAUUUACCAAAAUCGUGUAAAUACCUAAACUUCACCUAUUCUGAACAGGCACGCAUUAUUGUGAUAAUAACAGUGACAAUAGGUUGGAAUGCGAGUUGAAAAUAUGACGCAUUGGAGGAAGCUUAUCGUGGUGUUUUCGUUGCUAAGUACAUUGCUGCUUGUCGGUGGGAAACUAUCGGCGGAAGAUGUGGAUCAUGCUGGAUGUCCACCGAAGCCCCUAAGAGGUGGUAUGGAUCCACAGGUGUGCAUCAUGGAUGGCUGUUUGCGGGGGAAGACUGUGACCAGCCUGCACUGGGGAACGUUUGAAGCGUUCGUUGGAAUCCCAUUCGCCAAACCACCGAUCGGGGAACUCCGGUUCGCGAAUCCGGUCCCAAACGAGUGGUGGGGUAGGCGAGCGGUUUACAACGCGACGGAGGAAAAACCAAUGUGCGUUCAGAAGAACGAUCUUAUUCCUAACGCCGAGGUCCAGGGAAGCGAAGACUGCCUCUAUCUAAACGUUUAUCGACCGUCGGCGCAGAACACACUCCGGGGGGACCUCCCGGUGAUGGUCUACAUCCAUGGGGGAGGCUUUUUCGCGGGUAGUGCAAGCUCGGCAGUCCAUGGGCCGGAAUACUUUAUGGAAACCGGACGGGUCAUUCUGGUUACGCUUCAGUAUCGGCUUGGGGUGUUUGGAUUUUUCUCCAUCGGGGAAGAAGCAGCUCCGGGGAAUUUCGCCCUUAAGGACCAAGUGAUGGCACUGCAUUGGGUGAAAAAGAAUAUCGCCGCAUUCGGGGGUGAUCCAAGGCGGGUGACCAUAUUCGGCCAAAGCGCUGGAGCCGCUUCCGUCCAGAUGCACAUGAUAAGCCCGAUGAGUGUGGGUCUGUUCUCGAAGGCCAUUAUGAUGAGUGGUAGUGCGAAUGCGCCAUGGAAUAUACCGACAAAAGAUCCGCUGAAGUUGGCCCGGAGACAGGCGGAGGUGUUCUGGCCGUGUGCAUCGAAACUCUCCCCCAAGCAGCUGGUGAGCGUCUUGCGAAGUGUUGAUGCACAGGAACUUGCUCAAAGUAUAGAUAAAUUGAAGGCAUGGUCCAUUGAUCCACUAACACUGUAUCGUCCGGUGGUGGAACCUCCUAGCUGGUCGAAUCAGGCUUUUCUGGUGGAGGACCCGCGUGUAUCGUGGCAAAAAGGAAACUACCAGCAGGUCCCAUGGAUGACCGGUUAUCUACCGAAUGAAGGAGCAGUACGUGCCAUUGCGAUCACCUCGAACGAAAAUCAACUUAAAGAAUUGAAUGCCAAUAUAAGCCACCUACUGCCAGUGCUGUUGGAAAAGCAACCAUCAGCGGAACUGCUACAGAGGAUUAAAGAACGAUUCUUCAGCGACGGUACGGAAGGUGAAUGGAUCACUAAGCACAACGCACAACGGUUUGUGGAUAUGUUCACCGAGGCGGCCUUCCUGUACCCAAUUCAGGCAACAGUGAAGCAACACAUCACAACCGGUGACACCCAAAUCGCCCCCGUGAGCAUCUACAAGUUCAGCUUCAAGGGACCCCACUCGUACUCAUUCUACUACACUUUCACCCCACAAGACUUCGGCGUGGUGCACUGCGAUGAGCUGAUCUACCUUUUCCGGUCGCCCGCCCUGUUCGAAGAUUUUCCACCCGCGUCCAAAGAGGCAGCGAUGUCUCGAGAACUGGUACAGUUUUUCAUCGAUUUCGCCUACAAUGGUGUGGCCACCCCGUUGAGGCCAUAUCGUGUCUGUAGCAACGACAACGAGCUGUACCAAUCGAUGGACUGUGAUGUGCUAGAGUUUACCAACUCCGAGGAACCAUUUGAAGACAAACCUUUCGGAGUGCGUAUUGUCAAUGGUCGCAAUGAGGACCUGUUUGCGUUUUGGAACAAUUUUUACUGAGGCGUUCGUUGUGGUUCGUUGUGGCUGCGGAGGCAGCGUUGUGAUAAUAUAUACAAAGUAGAACUUUUUUAAGCGGUACAAUUAAUGUAGGAUGUCUUGUUAUUUUAAUACGCGCCAGAAACAAUACUUAAGAAGUCGAAACUAUUUUUGUCCUACCGUCAGUUUUAAUUUAUUAGCAUAAGAUCGUGCAUUUAGGGAACAUAUCCUCUUUUAGUGAAUUGUUGAAAUCAAACGAUAGUUUAAUUAUUACAUCAAAUACUUUGAG